AUGGACAGCGAUUCCGGUGGUGGCGCUGGGGACGGUAGCGAGCAGAACUCGAACCCAGCCUCCAAGCGUAGAGAACGCAAGCCCGGCAGAAAGCCCCUGGAGACCGAGGCUAAGGACAAAAGAACAGCCCAGAACCGUGCGGCACAGAGGGCUUUCCGUGAGCGUAGGGAGCGCAAGAUGAAGGAGUUGGAAGAAAAAGUGAGCCAUCUAGAGUCCCUCAACAAGCAGUCAGAGUUGGAAACCAAGUUCUUGCGCAACCAGGUCACCAACCUCUUGUCUGAGUUGAAGAGGUACAACCCAGAACUCCCCAAGAAGAGAGACUCGCUUCUCUUGGAGUACUUGGCCAAGCAGCGUAAGAACUCAGCCGACGGCUCCUCGGAUUUCUCCCUUGCUACCAACAACACUGCUGCCGCUUCCGUUGGUGGCAACGGCAACAGUAACGGCAACAGCAACGGCAUAUCCACAGCGACGCCACUUAGCGGACGCGGUGCUCAAGAUUUCCAGUUCGACUUCCCUUGGAAACUAGACUCCGCAAAAAUUCCCUCCCCUUCCUCAGACUCUACUUCCCCAUCGAUCUUGGACACUACCAAAAACGAAAGCUUCGGCAGCUCUACUAAUCUACAACAAUCGGGCUCUAGCGUCUCAACAUACUCAUCAUCCUCCCCCUCCGGAUCCAGAAAACAUUCAAACACUUUGAACCUAUACCACAAUCAACCAACAGUCUCCUCGGAAUUCGAUUUUGAUUCCCAGUUUGAUGAGUCAGUCUCCAGCUUUUGUUCAAAAUUGAGCAUGGCUUGCGGAACCAGGACCAACCCUAUCCCAAGAGCCUCCUCUCUAUCAAACACAUCCCCUACAGAACUCCUGAGAACCAAAGUGCCCGAAACUAAACAACCCGCUAACACCAACCUCUCUAAUAUUAAUGAUAAUGAUUACCCCAACGUUCAUGUCCAAGUAAAUGACCCCUUCCCUGUUGUACUGGAAGAAGAUAACGCCAACAAUACCAAUACACACAAUACAAAUGGCAACACAAUCACUGCUGCCACUAUUGAUACACCUCACUCCAAAAAAUCUCCAACAAACGAUGUAGAUAACGGGUCUUCCGUCUCAUCGUGGCAUCAGCCAAGCUUUGGCCAACUAGGGUUUAGAACUGACCAGCUGUUCGAUUUGGACUUUGAUAACGCUUCUUCGGUCACUAAGGGUAAAACAGCAAAUAACAACUAUACAACAGCCACUAACAGCCCAGGAAAAUCAGACAACAUGAAUUGGAACCUCAACGCUCCCCUUUCAAAAAUGGUCUCCCGUAACAUGAUGAACCCAGACCUCCCCUUCAUUGACUCUGCCCUCGCUUUCCCAGAUUACGACGACCCAUUGUUAGAUAUCCUAAAGGCUGAAAACGAAAGCGAACAACAAAAGGAAGAAAACGAUCCUAUUCAGGCCCUCAUAAACGAAGAACCAUCGAUGCCAUUAUCACAUAAUACAGCAGUUGAUUCUUCGAUACCCUCUAACACAGUACAGCAAUCUGGCUCUGAUGCGGUUAACGAAAACGAAGAAUUGAUACAGGAUAUCAUACCCUCAAAUGAUGGUAAACUACUAAAGUGUUCAGAAGUUUGGGAUCGUAUUACAGCCCACCCUCGUUACUCAGAUUUAGAUAUCGACGGUUUGUGCUUGGAAUUGAGGACAAAGGCAAAAUGUUCAGAGAAAGGUGUUGUGGUAAAUGCAGAAGAUGUUCAAACAGCGCUACUGAAACAUAUGCAAUAA